AUGGCAGAAAUGUACAACUGGGAUAAAGAAAAACCAAAGAAACUUACACAAAACCCAUCAUUUUCUUCAUGUCUUCUUGAUGAAAUCUACCGGUCAAUUGAUGGAGGUGAUGAGAAAUUUGGUGAAUUUAAGGUACGGAAACAAAAAGUUGCUAAGAAACAAAGCGUUAAAAGUGGCGGUGGUGGUGGUGGCGGUGGCGGUGGUGGCGGUCGGGGCCGGUUGAAGAGUAAAAGCGCGGUAGAGGACGAGGAAAUUGCGGGUUUUCGACAAGCGUGUUUGGUUGAUAAAUGGAUGGAAAUGAAAGGUAAUGAGAAAGUGACCGCGGGUCGCCGCGGUUCUUUGUCAUUGCCGGAAUUUGAUCAGAAAUUGGUGCUUGAUAAUGACCCGUUGUUCUUUAGUUCGGGUUCGAGUUCUUCGGAUUCAAGCUUCGGUUGGUAUUCCGAAGCUGAAGCAGUGAAGCCGAAGCCUUCUUGUUUCGCCCCGUUAAACAAGGUGAAAACAAGUGUUUCGUCGCGUUCUACUGUUAAAAAACAGCAGAACGAAUUUUAUACGUUUGAUGAUGAUCAAACGUAUAAAACUGACGAUAGUGGUUUAGUUAGGUCGAAAACUAAGGCUUUGAAGUUCUACACGAGUUUGAAAAAAGUGAAGCAGCCGAUCUCACCUGGAGGUCGGUUGACAACCUUUAUUAAUGCCAUUUUUACAAAUGGGCAUUCUAAGAAAUCAAAAGAUUUGGGCUAUGAUGCUAAAGCCCAAGCCCAAGCCCAAACACGAAGCGAAAGAAAAUCAAAAUCCACCAAUGUGUCUACAUGUUCAUCGGCUUCUUCGUUUUCAAGAUCAUGUUUAAGCAAAAAUACUCCGAGGUUGAGUGAUCAACUCAACAAUGGCGUACGAAGAACUGUUCGUUUUCUUGAUCGUGAAGAUUCUCGUGCCUAUGGUCAGAAAAAUGUUUGUGAUGAAGAAGCUAUCGAGGAGCUUCCUCCCACAAUAUUUGCGUGGCAAAGAACCGAAAAACCAAAUUUAAGUGAGUUUUUGAUGAAAUAUAAUGAUAAAAAGAUCGAUCUAGACAAUGACGAUGAAGAAGAUGAAGAUGAUAUGGCAAGUGAUUCAAGCUCAGACUUAUUUGAGCUCGAUCACUUGGCCGUGUUCAAGAACAAGCAAUAUUAUGAGGAGCUUCCGGUAUACGAAACUACUCACAUUGGCACUAAUCGUGCCAUUGCUAGUGGUUUAGUUUGCUAG